AUGCUGCCCGCAAGGCUCUUUGUCCAGGGCGGCCGUACGAGCUCUGGGAUUCUCGGCAGAUCGAGCCCGCCGUCCGAAUCGUUGUCGCUUUCCGCGCUCCUUCACCUUUCUCCUUCCCUCUCUUCACCUCUCUUCCCUCGUCGCUCGUUCCUCACAGGCUCCGCGCCUCAGUCUUCCUCGUCGCUCGUUCCUUGCAGCCUCGGCUUCAUUUGCCUCCCCCCCCAGUCACUCGUUUCCACGCCGCGGUACCGUUCACAUCAAACAUGCCGUCCUUCAAGUCCUGCCUUGCGUCCCUCGCCCUCGUCGCGCUCGCCUUCGCGCCCGUCAACGCCUCGAAGGCCACUUCUGCCGGCAUCGUCGCCCGCGACCAGCACGCUGAGCUCUCGGUCAAGUCGUCGGCUGCCGUCGCCCGCCGCAACGCUGCCGCCAAGGCCCUCAAGAAGCGUGCUGGCCGCACCACCUUUGCCGGCCGCAAGACCGCUGCCAAGGGCAAGUCGGCGUCGAGCAACGCCGCCCCCGUCUCGAAGACGGACCCGUACGCGGCCAACUCGGCCUUCCUCAACACGAAGGCCGCCCUCGCCGCUGCCAAGAUCCGCUGCGGCACCAACGCCAUCUGCCGCGCCAAGGGCCCGGCUGCUCCCGCCAACGGCGACUCGUUCUGCAUUGCCGGCUCGUGCACCUUCCGCUGCAACGACGGCUACGCGCCCGGCGGUACCGACGGCACCCAGUGCGUUCCCUCGCAGACCCAGUGCGGCGGCACCACCUGCGACGUUCCCCAAUUCGGCUACGCCACCUGCAACGCCGACGGCACCUGCAACAUCGGCUGCGCUGCCGGCUACCAGCGCUACUCGACCAACGCCGCCCAGACCGGCCCCUACUACUGCUUCGCGACCCAGUCGGACGCCGCCAACUGCGGCACUCCCGGAAACGCCUGCCCUCCCUCGUACAACGGCAUCGGUGACGCCGUCUGCAAGUUCGGCACUUGCCGCGUCUCGUGCCCUGCCGGCUACGCCCUCCGCAAGGCCCAGUCGUCGACCAACCCGUACUACUGCUACAACGGCCAGUCGUCGCUCGGCCCCGCCUAAGCGGCUCCCUUCUCCUCGUCGACCCUCGAGCCGCCGCAUCGCGACUCGUCGGUCAGAACGGACAAGGAUCUCUCUUCUCCCGCCCUUUCCCCCGUCUUUAUGA